ACGGCAAGUCGGAGGCAGUAAGAUGGCGGCUGCUGAGGAAGGUUGCGGUGUUGGGGUCGAAGCGGACCGGGAACUGGAGGAGCUUUUGGAAAGUGCUCUUGACGAUUUCGAUAAAGCCAAACCCUCCCCAGCACCCCCUCCUACCAUCUCGGCCCCCGAUGCUUCAGGGCCCCAGAAGAGAUCGCCAGGAGACACUGCCAAAGAUGCCCUCUUCGCCUCCCAAGAAAAAUUUUUCCAGGAACUGUUUGACAGUGAGCUGGCUUCCCAAGCCACUGCGGAGUUUGAGAAGGCAAUGAAGGAGCUGGCUGAAGAAGAGCCCCAUCUGGUGGAGCAGUUCCAGAAACUCUCGGAGGCGGCUGGGAGAGUGGGCAGUGAUGCAACUUCUCAACAAGAAUUUACUUCCUGCCUAAAGGAGACACUAAGUGGGCUAGCCAAAAAUGCCACCGACCUUCAGAACUCGGGCAUGUCUGAAGAGGAACUGACGAGAGCCAUGGAAGGGCUGGGCAUGGAUGAGGGAGAUGGGGAGGGGAACAUCCUCCCCAUCAUGCAGAGCAUCAUGCAGAACCUCCUGUCCAAGGAUGUACUCUACCCAUCCCUGAAGGAGAUCACAGAGAAGUAUCCAGAAUGGUUGCAGAGUCACCAGGAAUCUAUUCCUCCAGAGCAGUUUGAGAAGUACCAGCAGCAGUACAGUGUCAUGGGCAAAAUCUGUGAGCAGUUUGAAGCAGAGACGCCCACAGACAACGAGGCUACCCACAGGGCUCGCUUUGAGGCCGUGCUAGACCUCAUGCAGCAGUUACAGGACUUGGGCCAUCCUCCAAAAGAACUUGCUGGGGAGAUGCCUCCUGGCCUCAACUUUGACCUGGAUGCCCUCAAUCUCUCGGGCCCACCAGGUGCUAAUGGCGAACAGUGUCUGAUCAUGUGAAACACAACACGGUUUCCUCCCUGAGUCCCAGCCGUGGGGAACAUCUGGAGUCAACAGAGUCACUGGGAACUGAGGCAGGAGUAUCUUCUGUGGGAGCUGGCUGCCCCACACUCUCUACAUCCCAUUCAAGACUGUGCCAUAGCAGCUGCUCUGUAGGCCUUUUCUAUGAGUCCUACUCCAUCGUGGUUUCUGCUGUUAGAAACAGGCCAACUAUCUGCCAGGGGAAGGACGGCAUCCCUUGUGGGGCAUUUCACUUCUUCCCACUCCCAAAAUAAUGUCACAUACGGUGGUACUCAUGUCCCCUUGACUCCCAGGGACUUCGUGCCUUGUUUCUACUCCCUCUCUUGUGUCUGGGGAGCAGAAGCUGAGUCUUUAGACUCUGUGCUUCUAUUAGGCAGGGCCUCUGGGAAUGAGGAGAAACAUAGCCUGGGCUGGGGCUGGAGGCUCGUCACCGCAUCUCCUUGCCUUCUUUGGAAUUCUCUGAAGGGAAAGGAAUUUUGUACUUAGCCAUGGUCAGGUUGAAAGCAAAGCCUUGGGCUUCUCCUGUCCCUAGGUGCUGCACCCUAAUUCCCCUUCUUCCUGAGAACUCAAAUUGCUACCCUGGUUCUUUCUACAACUCUGUGAUUUAGGGGAACCCAACUCUUGACCUUCCUUUGCCUCCCCCUCCCCUAGACUAUCCUUACCUCCUCUCUUUUUUGAGUCUUAUUUAUUCUGCCCUUUUAACCAGUGGUGUGAUGAGGGCCUAUCUUGUUUCCUUUCAUCUAGUGCCUGGACCAUUCUCACUGGACCCUUCCCUUUCCUUCCUCCCUGGCCAACACAUACGUGUAGUGUCAGGUCUGGUACAUGAAUGGCCACUCUACCCAGAUAUGUUUUGGCUUAUUUAGGACAUCAGAUUCCCUAGAAUCCUUGGUUCAGGAAGGUGCUUGGGAAAGGGGUGUAGCCAGAAUCUUUUUCCCAGCAAGCCCCAUGGGGCAGUAUCUAAUAAAUAUUCUGAGCAAGUGUGUGGGUUAUUUUUCAUCCAAGUCUAUUUCUAAUCUUCCUAGUUCCUGUAAGCCGCAGAGUGAGGCGUGUUAGGAGAUAGUUCUGUAUAAUGUUGCUUGGCUCUACCAUGACCCAGCCCUCCAGCUCAGGGUGCACUUCUUUAGGCAAAAGAAUUCUGUCUUCAUCUCCUUGGCACUUGAGUCUUAACUUUUUACAUUAUAGUUGAUGUUAAUGAUACAUUGUUAACAUGUUAAACUUUGAAUUGACCUGCUUUUUCCUAGUGGGUCUAAGGACCAUGGUUGCCGUGUAUUUUAUGGAUAUUCUUUUUUAGGCCAUCUAGCUAGCCUAGUUCACUUGAAAAUAACAUUUUAAAAAUAUAUUUUUUAUUUAUUCUUUGGAAUUUUGUAUAUGUAUACAGUGUAUUCUGAUUAUAUCCAAAUAACUUUGGCAAGAACAAAUUCACAUUUAUCAUUGGAGUCAUGUUGAGUUCAUAACACAUCAUUACCCCUGGGUUAAAACCACAGUUAAGAAUGGCACAUAUUCUGUGGAAGGAAAUGUGCCAAAGGCCUCAGCCUGGGAACUACCCAGCCUGCACAGCUCAUCAGACAAAAGACUCAGGCUCGCAGUGGAGACCCUUCCAUGCUCUUGAGAAAGGCACAAAGUACCAGCUGGUGUGUUGUGAUGAAUGGGGCCUGAAUUGCCAAUAUUUUACUGAUGUUCCUGACACAAGCUUGACAAGGACAGGUGAGGGGACAGGCACAGAGUGACUUGCUGCUGGGACUGCCCAGGGCCGUGCUGGUUCUUCUUUAUUCUCAUUUCUGCUGCUGGUUCUGUGGUCGGCCGACCCUGUGGCUUUAUUUUCAAGACUUUUUUUUUCCAUUUUAAUUUGGUUGUCCCUGAGCAAGUCGACCCCGGGUUGGGCUCUUUUUUCUAAAUACCAUUUGAAUUACUCUGGGACUUGUAGCUGAAUAAAACCUGGUGCCCUAGGGCAGUCCUCCUCAGGUUGUGUGUGGUAGAGGACCAGCGUUUUCCUCUUCAAAACUCUGCUUUUGAAGUCCCUCUGCAUCAAUAUGUGGAGCUGUUGCCCAUGGCAUGUCUGUAAUUGAGACUAUGUACGACCUGUAUGCAGAUUGGAAAACACCUAAAUUGUCUAGACUCUUACAGGUUAAGCCCACUGCUCACAUAACUGAAUUUCACAGCAAUAUCAAAUACUAAAGUUUUUAGACAGUCUAUUUCUGAUUCCUAAUGUCACAAGUUGAUACAGUGAUUAGAACCAAACACCUUCAUGGGAUAGUGCUGCUCUGGGCUUUCCUUAGUCUCUACAUAGGGUCUAGGCAAAUGUCUAUGUAGGAACUUGAAGUCCUCUCCUGUGUGUCACCUGUAGAGAACAUAGUCUUUAGCAAAAUAUGUGUCUAUAUAUGGUUAUCUAGCACUUUUUCUAGCUUGCUUCUCUUUCUUGAUAACUAAAAGUAAACUGCAUAGCUUCAUUUUGGUGAAGUAUUUAAGCUGGCCUCAAAGAUUACAAGAGCUGCCCUUUCAAAAUUCUGUGUGUUCUGGAUACGUGGUUUCGUGAAACAAGAGUCUAAUUCAUACAAGAUACAUGUUUUCAGUGAUCCCAGACCAUCCUUCCAAGGCCACAUAGGCUAAAAACUGGCCAUUGGGAUGGCUUUGGGAACUUUGGGGGGGAAAUGGACCACAUUAAAAAAAAAUCUGACAAUUUUUCUAAGAUUAAUUAUUAGUUUGCUUGUAUAUGUGUCUGUCUGUGUGCUGGGCAUCUGAGUCCCUGUACUGGAGUUAGAAGUGGUUUUGAGCCACCAGAUGUGGAUGUUGGGAACUGAACUCUGGUUCUCUGAAAGAGCAGAUAGCCCCUAAUCAUUGAGCCUUCCUCCAUCCCAGUAUCACAUUAGCAGACAUGGCAGAUAAUACAUAGAAAUGUACAAGGAGGACUCAGGAAGUGGACAUGCAGUGUUUGCUGUGUAACUGAAAAAGCUCAACAUAUUCCUUUGGAAAGCCAAGGCAGUAUUUAACAGUCAGAAGCAGAUUGGUAGCUUUUCCACAGGGUAACAGCUUGAGUGGGGAUUGCUAAUAGCACACAGGUGUACUAGGAGUAGGACAGAUAGGCAGUCAAGUUCUAUAAAUAGGGCCUUCAAAAUUGAAGUCAAAGGAAAGUCAUAAGUUUUGGUCAGCAUCUGAAUCACAAACAGUUCUAAGAUUGACAGACUAUCAAUUCAACCAUCAGCCAUUUACACGCAGGAAAAAACAUUCAAAGGAGUUGAAAUACAUUAGGAUUUUCUAGAGUAACAAAACCCAUAGAAUGAAUAUAUUACAAUGGAGAUUUAUAAGGUGGCUUUACAUGACAUAGGAUAAGUAGACCAACAAUGGCUGUUAAUCUGAUGACGGAGUCUAAGAACUAGGGAGCUUGUUCAGGUGGAGUCCAGAUGCUUCAGCACCAAUCUGGUGUUGAAGACCUACUUAGAUUUCUGGAGAGCCUUGGUCUUCAGUGCAUGUGGGACACCAAAAAAUCUGGGUUCUAAUGGCACCAGCGAUAAUGAAUAGACAUGUCUACAAGAAUCAAGAUGGACAGGUAAUACUGCUAGUGUGGAAGGUGCUUCUAACUCUGGGGAAGGCCUUCCCCUCUCAAUUAGUCCUCUGCAGAAAUACCCUAGUAUGUUUCUUGGUUGAUUCCAGACCCAAUAAAUUAAUGUCAAGAUAACAGUGAUAGAGAGGCAGCUCACAGGCCAAGUGUACUAGCCACUCUUUCAGAAGACCUUGAAUGUGGGCCCUAGCAUCAAAAGGGUAGAGUAUAAAACUCCAGUUCCAGGGCAUCUGAUGCCCUUUUCCAGCCUCUGAACAUCACAUACAUGUGGUACACUUACAUUCAGAUAAAACACCCAUAACACUAUUCACACAGAUUGAAGGUCUGUGUUGACAUUGAUGCCCAUAGAUUGAAAAAACCACAGCAGUGUCUCCUCUUCAAACAUUCCCCAUUGUGGGAACUAUGGGAUGCAUAAUCAAGGAAAUGCUAGACCAAGUCUGCUUUACAGUGAAUCUACAGAUUCCAUCUUCUGAUCGUUUCCCCAAUAUCCAAAUGUGUGUCUCUUUGUACAACCUGUCAAGGGAGAUGCCCAGCACUUAGUAGAAUGACUAAGUAGAAACCCCUGGAACUAUACCCCACUGCUGUCAAGAUAAAAAUAAUGCUGUCUUGUGGGAAAAGUGGCAAGGAUUAGUUAGUUCACACUUAAAGGGCAUAUCAUCCUCAUUUAGUUUGAUCUUUCUGGAUUUUGUAGAAACUGGCUGGUGGGAUACCAGUCAUGUUUGCAAGGUAGAAGCAAGUAGUAGCCCGGCAUGGUGGUGCAUGCCUGUAAUCCCAGCACUUGGGAGGCAGAGGCAGGCGGAUUUCUGAGUUUGAGGCCAGCCUGGUCUGCAGAGUGAGUCCAGGACAGCCAGGGCUACACAGAGAAACCCUGCCUUGAAAAAACAAAAAAACAAACAAAAAAACAAAAACAACAAGUAGUAGUU